AUGGAUGAUGAAAUAAGAGCUCUAGAAAUAAACCAGACUUGGAAUCUAAUGGAGUUACCAAAUGAUAAGAAGAUGGUUGGUUGCAAAUGGGUGUAUAUGGUGAAAUAUAAAUCAGAUGGCUCGAUUGAAAGAUAUAAAGCUAGGAUGGCGGCUAGAGGCUAUACACAAGUUUAUGAAAUUGAUUAUCAGGAAACUUUUAUACUUGUGGGAAAAUUGAAUACCGUCAGAUUUUUAUUAUCUUUAGCAGCCAUUUUCAACUAG